AUGAUAAUUCAAGGUUCCCCCUUCACCGCUGUUACAGUGGGUUCAUGGUUUUUGCGGAGACAGCAGCAGAGGGCUAUGUGUGCUUGCUACUGUGAACACCACAGCAGCAGCAGUAGCAACCUCGGCAAUAGCCACAGAUUCAGUACAGACUCACGCGUAAUAUACCUUAACAGCCGCACGAGGAGACGCAGCGUGGUGCAUGCAUCUGCAGACCUUGCCCCUCUCUUCAUUAUCCCCCGUUUGCGGCAGCAACAGCCGUUCCUGAAUUCGCUGCCGAGCAGCAGCCACAACAGUAACACUGCAGGAGAUUUCAUUCCUUCUCCGUUGGCUAUACACCUGAAGCAUCUCAUUCAACGGAGGCGAGCAGCAAAGCGUAGCAAACAUCAUCCACAUUCGCUGCCAAUUCCACCUCUUCCCGCCGUCGCACCCCCAAAAGGUGUUGCGUGCGGAGUUCCAUUCCUUCCGCAGGAUGGUGGUAUUGCUGCUGCUGCUGUUGGUCAGCAGCAGCUGCAGCAACAGCAGCUAUAUCAGCUCCAAGACACACAGCUGCUGCAGCUUGCCGGAGGGCCGCCCCCAGAGGGACUGGGGGUUGCCGGUAGAGAUGUUGUGUCUCUCAGCGGCGAUGCAGCAGAAGCAGACUCUGUUUCCCCUGGCUUUGCUGCUGCUUUUUCUCUAGAAGCCGUUGCUUCUGCUGCUCUAGCACGCUGGCGGGAAUCAGAAGCAGCAGCAGCAGCAACUGGCUCGGCAGCAGCAGCCGCAGCAACAGAAAGGGACGACAGCCCUUUUUGGCAGGGCCUCUGCGACCGCAUUUUCUACUCGAGAGAUUUGCUGCCGGUAUCGUCUCUGGGUGCGGUUCUUCGCCUCAUUUGCUGCAGAUACAACACAACAACAGCAGCAGCAGUGCCUUUCUUCCGCCAGCACUUCGCAUUGCCGCAACAGCUGCAGCUCGAGAGAAGCACGGUGCAGCAGAGGCUGCUGCUGCAGCAGAGGCUGCCUUCUGGGAGGCCGGUAUCUGCGUCUUUGCUGCUAACGUUGACGCGGGAGUUUAUUGAUGACAUCCAGUGCCUGUCUCCCGCAGCAGCAGCAGACUUGAUUGCAGUCUUCGCCACUUGCAACUGCUGCAGCAUUGAGCUGCUGCAGCUACUGGUUCGUCGGAGCAUUGAUACUUGGCUUCUGCCAGAGGAGCAGCUGGAGCACCAACGACUGGAGUUGCAGCAGCAGCAACAGCAGCAGCUAUUUGCUAUGAAACCGGAGGCAAUCAACUGCUUUUCCCCACACGAGUUUGCUGUGUUUUGCUCAGCGUUGCAGCACUUAGUGCAGCAGGCCCAGCCGCUGUUGCAAAGACGAGCACAGCAACAACAUCAACAGCGAACACUAGUUCAGCUGCUGCCACUCGCUGAGCUUCUCUGCAGCGCCACUGCUUUCCUACUGCGCUUUAGCCCACAGGAGCACAAAAUUCAGAAGCAAGCCACAGUGGGAAGCCUUGCAGCGCUUGCUGCUGAUGCACUGCAGCAAUACCAGCAACAAAAGCAGCAGCAAGAGCAGCUGCUGCAACUAACUAAGGCCAGUGUCGAGUUGCUGGAGGCAGCGGACGCGUUCAUUCCCUUGGGGCAGGACGAAGCAGCAGCAGCAGGACAAUCAGUCCCAUGUGCAACAGCAACAGCAGCAGCAGGAGCAUCAGCAGCAGCCUUUAGCGCGAAGGAAACGGGGCGGCUGAUGAGUGUCCUCUCCACAGCAGCUGCUGCCGGAGCUUCGCACAUGCCUCGGCAGCUGGGGCUCCAGCAGCAGCGAGGACUGCUGCAGCACCAGCAGCAGAGACUGCAGCCGCAGGAAAUGUACCGGCAGGAAAGGCAUCAGGAGAACCAUAGAGACGCUAUGAAAGGGGAAGAGAGGCGAGCGGAGGGAGCUGCGUAUCUGACGCAGCAGCCAGGUGCGGCUGCGCUGUUGUUUAUGCUGCAGCAGACAAGGGAGCAGUUGAUGGUACUGCACUCUUUGCUGAAGCAAGAGCAGCGAGAGCGAAAUGAGCCCCCAGCCGAUUCAGCUUCAGCAUCAGCAGCUCCAUCAGAGGCUGCUGCCUCAACUCACCUCCAGUAUGUGCCUUUGAAUCCCUGGGAGGUUCCUACUGCUGAUAUACUGCAGCUGAUGGAAACUGUGGGUGCAGCAACAGCAGCAGCAGAAAGGGUGUUGUUACAGCCCUUGCUGCUGCGGCUUUCUCGGAAGAACGCGCAGCAUCCGCUGCAGCAGCGACAACAGCAGUCCCUGUUCCAGUUGCUGAGGGAUGUGUUGGCUCCAGCAGUAGUUGGAGGGGCAGCGGCUGCGCCGCUGCUGCAGGCUGCAGCUGAGAGCCUUGUGAGGAGUGUGGGCCUUAUAAUAUCGGAAGCACUGGUGGAUGAGGUGGGUAGGCGCUUCGCGGACUUGACACCACAGGAGAAGGAAAGAGUCGGCCUAACAGUGUGCCUUUUUGGCAUAAAGGACCCGUACCUUCGUCACUACUGCCGCGUGUACGGCAGCCAACUGCAGCAGCGUCGCUCGAUCUCUGAUGCCCACAGAAACAAACUUGCGGCACGGCGUGCAGCAGCAGAGACUGCUGGAGAGACUUGUGCUGCACUCUCUGCAGCAAACGAUCCUGCCGCGCGUGUUGCUGCAGCAGCAACACAAUAG